UGUCUUCUGUCCAGCAGGAUGCCAAGGAAGGGGAGAAGGUCUGAGGCGGCAAGGCACCGAUGGAGGAAGCUCGACCUGGAGGGGCCGACUCCCUCCACUUUCCCCCUGAAGACGGUGUCCCCCCCGGCUGGAGAGGAGCCUUCCACAGGGUCGAGCACCAGGGAGACCCACCCCCCCUGCUCCCGAGCUCCAGUCAGCAACUUGGUUGGAUCUUCAUCCCCAGCCAAGCCUUUCUGGAGCACGGGAGAUUUGCUACCCAACGUUCGGCCACGCCGCGGUACCGGUUUCCGCCAUCGGGUGCGGAGGUGGCCAACUUUGAAGCUCACAGGACGGAGCCACAAGUUGGUCAUCCCGCCGGAGUCUCCUGACAAGAAGUUCGUUCUGAUUGUCGGGGACUCCCACCUCCGGUCCAUCGUGGACGGUUUUGCCGUGAUGCCAGAAGGGAAGUUCUCUUUUGGGGUCAUGUCGACCCCUGGGGCCCACGCCGCUCAGCUGCGGACGGAGGUCCUGCAUGCUGACGUUCCUCGGCCCCCUGUGUGUGUUCUUGCCCCCAGCAACAACCUGACUGCGAGCAGGACCAUCGACGAGGCAGCCAUCGAUUAUGCAAGUCUCCUCACUGCUGUGAGGAGCCGCUGGCCGGAGGUUUUUGUGCUGGACUUCCCGCCCCGCCUGCAGGAGGAUGAGACGUGCCAGGUCCUCCUGCGCCAAGAGUACCACCGCGUGACAGCUCGUAUGGGUAUGAGGUACUUCUCUGUGGCGGAGCACUUCCCCCUUACGCGCUUGAACCUGUGGAGCAGAGACGGCGUUCACCUGAGCGACUGUGAGGGGAUGGGCAUCCUCACCCAGCUGCUGUGGGCCGCGACGGAGCAGUUCCUUGAGACACCACCACCUCCCCCGGUGUCUCCUACUCCUUCACAGCCACUUGGGAAGGUAUCUCCUAAGCUGGUUGUGAAGGGAGAGGUACGUGCUCCUCUGUCUCCUGACCCCUUCCUGUGGAAGGUCGGAGAAGCAAGGUUAGUAAAGUUUAUUAUAUUGUGCGUUUACAUGUUUGUGUACAUUUUGGUGAACGGGUGCACAGUUAUAAUUAAGAAGCAUCUAUUUAAUCAAAUAUGUGAUGUUAACUUUCCCUGUCGCAGGUUCCUGGUCAGGCCAGUGUGGCGCAGCAGCAGGAGAAGGAGUCCUUCCUCCCACUGAGCCCAGUGUGGUUCAGUAGCACGAUCCUCCGUGCUGUGGAGGAGGUGUCUCCUUCUCAGCUGUCUGGCGUGGAGGACUGCAGGUCUCCUCCAGGGAGCAAGAAGGUGGCCUCUCCAGCGGCAGCCAGGCGUCGUAGGACCGUGGAGAGACGCCCCCCCCACCGCCAGUCUCCUGUGAACAAUCUGGUUAGAUCCCCUCCAACCAGGCUGUCACAGAGACUGGAGGACGACGCCCCCUCCAGCCCGGUUCCUCGGUCCAGGGCCACGGACAGACCAUCCCCCCGCACCCAAAUUUCAGUGACCAACCUGAUGGAGUCCCUUCCAGUCAGGUUGUCCUGCAGUUUGGGUGAUCCGGAGACCCCCUGCUGUUCCC